CAAAUUUUAAUUUAUAGAGAAAAGAAUAUGAAAUCUCUAACCCUACUUAUCUCUAAGCCUCAAUUACAAUUUACAGCUCUCUUCCUCUCUCUAAAUCUAUCAAUUCCUGUUUUUCCAUCUUAAAAGUUAGACAAAUUUUCUCACGCUAUUUCGCAUUUGCAUCAUAAAUUUACUUUCCCCCAAUUUGAAGAACAGAUAAGAAGAGUUAAAAAGAUAAGGGUUGCACGCAAAUUCAAUCAUUUGAGAAACUGCAAACUUGGAUCUAUCAGAAAGCUUGAGACCCUUUACAUGAUGUUGGCAUUGUAGAUUUGUAGUUAACUAAAAUCAUGGGAAGUAACAGGGCAUUGAAUUGGUCUAAGAAAGUUACAACAUCACAAGUGGAACAGUUAAUUCGAGCUGAAAAGGAUUUGUCUAAGGCUAUUGCAAUUUUUGAUUCAGCAACAGCUGAGUAUAGCAAUGGCUUUAGACACGAUCGUACGACGUUUGGGCGUAUGAUUUCUAGAUUAGUCUCUGCUAAUCAGUUUAAACCAGCAGAGGAGCUGCUUAGAAGGAUGAAGGAAGAGAGGUGUGAGAUUAAUGAAGAUAUAUUCCUCUCUAUUUGUAGAGGAUAUGGUCGGGUUCAUCGGCCAUUGGAGGCCAUUCGAAUUUUCAAGAGUGCUAAAGAAUGUGAUUGGGAGCUCACUGAGAAGUCUUAUAUCACUAUAUUCUCCAUUCUUGUUGAUGAGAACCACUUAAAGAUGGCUAUGAAGUUUUACCGUUAUAUGAAGGAAAUGGGUAUUCCACCGUCUGUUGUUUCUCUUAAUGUUUUGAUCAAAGCCUUGUGUAAGAGUAGUGAGACGAUCGAUGGUGCCAUUAACAUUUUCCGUGAGAUGCCAAGUCGUGGGUGCCUUCCAGAUUCGUAUACUUAUGGUACGUUGAUUAGUGGUUUGUGUAAAUGUGGAAGAAUUGAUGAAGCAAAUGAACUUUUCAGUGAAAUGGAGAUGAAAGGUUGUUUACCCACUGUUGUUACCUACACUUCUUUGAUACAAGGCCUAUGCAAGUCUGAAAAGUUAGGUGAUGCUCUGACUUUGUUCGACAAGAUGGAAAGCAAAGACGUUAAGCCAAAUGUGUUUACUUACACUAUCUUAAUGGAUGCUCUUUGUAAGCAUGGGCGUUCCUCACAUGCCCUGAGUCUACUGGAUUUGAUGCUUUGCCAACAUCUUUCUCCAAACAUGAUUACUUAUAGUACUUUAAUUAAUGGACUUUGUAAAGAUGGAAAUCUUCGUGAAGCUUUAAAGCUUUUUGAUAGAAUGAAACUUCAAGGUCUUAAACCUGAUGUGAUACUCUAUGGUAAGAUCAUUAGUGGCUUCUCGGACUUGAGCAAGUUCCAAGAAGCUGCCAACUUCCUUGAUGAAAUGAUCCUUGCUGGAAUAUCACCCAAUAGGUUAACUUGGAGCACUCAUAUUAGAAUUCAUGCUGCUGUCAUACAAGGACUUUGUGAGACUGAUCUCAAUCGAGCAUUCCAUAUGUACAUGAGUAUGAGAACCAGGGGCCUUUCCGUUGAACCUGAAGUUUUUAAUGCUCUUAUUAACAGUUUCUGCAAGAAGAGAGACAUUGAAAAAGCAUAUCGCGUUGUUCAUGAGAUGGUUUGUGAUGGCUGUCUACCAGAUGAGGAGUUAUGGAAGGCUAUGUUAGGAGUUCUUCUUGAUCAAAGAAAGACAUUGAAGUCUAUUGAAAGCUUUCGUAUGCUGUUGGUACAGAAUGUCGAUGAGCUUGAGAAGUUGUCCGUAGAUUAAACUACCUGUACAAUUGAAUGGUGUGUAACCAGAAGUACAUAACAGUACAACAUGUUCAGAUUGUUCUCGAUUCUCAUCAAGAGUAGCUCUUGGCUUUCGAGCAUGGUCUUGAAUGAAGGAUUUUCUCCUGCAAGUGAAACAUUAGACAGGUCAGUGGAGAUCUAAACAAUAGAUGAGUGCAUUGAGGUCGCGGCAAGCUGAGAUUAGUCACGGCAGAAAUAAACAUGCUUAAGACAUGACAUGCAAUUGAUCAAUUAGAAGUUAAGGGGAAGCCGAUUCCAUGGCGCUGUGUAGGGAACACUACAAACAGCAUACUGGAAAGGACUCCUAUUCCAAUCGGCAGUGCUGUUAGAAUCUCUUGAGUCUCUUUUGAUGGCGUUGGAUAUAAGCACUGAACCGUGUUCUUGUCAAAUAAGGCAAUUGCUGCAAAGACAAAUACUGACAUGAAAGCAUGCAGAAAAUCUAUGAACCGGAGACGGUACUUGGCAGCGAGCUCAGGUGGGAGUGUUGCUAACCCAUCUAUCACCCAUAGACCCUUGAAAGUGGCAAACCCAUAGUAAAUCUUUCCAUCGUCAUCCUUGAAGCAGUCAGUGAAGCUGAGUAGGAAAGAUGACAACCCACAAAGAGCAAUUAGGAUGGAAGUCAUUGUUUGGCUCACUGAAUCACAUUCACCCUGGUUUGUGAAAAUUGGUGCGAGAAGCUGGAAGGCCAUAACUGUUCCAGUUGGUAGUAACUUGGCCAAGUGAGCCGUGCUCUGAAAUGUCUGGCUAAUGGCUUGCUGUAUUGGAUUUCUGUCCACUGUAUCAGGUGUAUCUUGGAGUAGGGGAAGCUUUUGCUCAUCGUCAAUUUGUUGAACUUCCUCUUUGACAGCAAUUGCAUUGGCAUCCAUGGCUUGUCUUUCUUUCUUGAUUUCUUUUGAUCGCUCUAUCUUCUGUUUUUUACAGGUCAUUGAGAGGCUGACUGUCUUAUAGAAGGAGAAAUAUGGCAGGCUCUGCAUUGAGUAGAGCAAAAGGGAUGUGAUGGCAGCUUAGUCAUGCCUUGCAAGAAAGAGGAAUCUGAGUUGCAUUUGAGGUCUUUCUUUCCCUUGAGUGAAUAGCGGGAAUCGAACCCGCGUCUUCUCCUUGGCAAAGAGAAAUUUUAACAUUCGACUAUAUCCGCAUUUUUCCUUCUUGAGAAGGAAUAUCUUUAUUCCAAAAUUGCUCCUUUUUUUAUAGUUGGAAAACUCAAAGCAUCUCUGGAUAUUACCCAUUAUAAGGAGAAAUACUGUCAAGAUUGGGUAAAUUGGAGAUAAUGAGAGAGAAAUGUGUAAAUCAUGCUUUAUUUAUGAAUCAGAAUGUAAUGUAUAACUAGUUUUUUUUUUCCGGCAAUGCCCGAGUUAUUAAUGAUUUCAUGUUAGACAAAUCAUCUAAUAUUAGCAUAGUUUAUUGAUUAGAACUUUAAUAUAUUAACUUGAAAUUAUGUAUUCACUUGGUCCAAUUUUAUAUGUAGCAUAUAUCUAUUUUUUAA